UGACAAUCAGCUGCUGUAAGACGUGUCGGAGCCACGAAGCCGAUAUUUAUGUCGUUCGUGUAGCAUAUCGACAUGAUGUUAAUGUCGCUGGUGGUGCUGCUAAUGUGAUGAAGCUGCAAUCGCACUCUGAUGCGGAGUGACUUCCUACGAAGCGGAGGCUGCAGCUGUCGUCAUGAUCCGGCAGCUGAGAACAACUUUCCACCCAUUCAACGAAACAACUCAACCGCAAUUCAGAACUUGAUCCGAUUAUGCCGGGAGAAGUGAAGGUCAAGAAGUUCUCGGAGAUCACGUCUCCAAGCGGUCCUCAAAGCGAUGGCAUGGUGCGUAUCCCUGCCAUCGUAGACAUGUCGGAUCAGAUCUGCGGUACAAGUAGUGAUGUUUGCAAAACCUCACAGUGCAAGUGCUAUCCACCAUCACGGCGAAGAAGACACAAUUGUCUAUGCAGUCAGUGGUAGAGGAGCUAUCGUCAGUGAUAACGGCAAGAAAAGGCAAGAGCUAGUUCCUGGAGACUUCGCGCUGAUACCAGCAUAUGCCGAACAUCAGGAGGUUAACGAUGGCGAUGAAGAGGUCAAGUGGAUCAUCACGCGUGGUGGUCGCAGUCCCAUCGUCCACAACCUUGACGGCUGGGGUAAGAGCCAGGACCCAACAAAGGCACAAGGCAGCUAUUGAACUCGAGAUACCAACUGCACCCGGAAUCAACAGGAUUCUCAUGUAUAUCGGCUUUCGACAAUGGGUCAAUAAACUAUCCUCGUCACAGCAUGACUUCACUCGGCUCACGGGGCGUUGUCACACAGUUGUGCACCCUAGCCAACAAUUUGACGUCACA